CAUAAUGGGUUUUUUCUUUCUGUUAACCUGUGUAAUGUCUCUUAUUUUUCAGACUACCUGCUCUCUAACAACUAUGUAAAUUCUAUUAUCGUCCACAAAUUUGACUUUUCUGAUGAGGAGAUCAUGGCAUAUUACAUAUCAUUUUUGAAAACUCUUUCCCUGAAACUCAACAAUCAUACUGUACAUUUCUUUUAUAAUGAGCAUACUAAUGACUUCGCCUUGUACACUGAAGCUAUUAAAUUUUUUAACCACCCAGAAAGCAUGGUCAGGAUUGCUGUUAGGACUAUAACUUUAAAUGUAUACAAAGUGUCAUUGGACAACCAACCUAUGCUGCAUUACAUUAGAGAUAAAACUGCUGUCCCUUAUUUCUCCAACCUCGUUUGGUUUAUUGGAAGCCAUGUGAUAGAACUGGAUAACUGUGUGCAGACUGAUGAAGAGCACAGAAAUAGGGGCAAACUGAGUGAUCUGGUAGCAGAACAUCUUGAUCAUUUACAUUACCUUAAUGAUAUCCUUAUCAUUAAUUGUGAAUUUUUAAAUGAUGUCCUGACAGACCACCUACUUAAUAGGCUCUUUCUUCCCCUCUACGUGUAUUCACUAGUAAAUCAAGAUAAGGGUGGUGAGCGUCCAAAAAUAAGUCUCCAAGUUUCUCUCUAUCUUCUUUCUCAAGUUUUUCUAAUUAUACAUUACGCCCCUUUGGUGAACUCAUUGGCUGAGGUUAUACUUAAUGGUGACCUCUCGGUGUUUUCUUCUAAAGUUGAGCAAGAUAUACAGAAAAACUCAGCAAAGUCAAGUAUCAGAUGUUUCAUAAAACCAACAGAAACACUUGAGAGGUCUCUUGAAAUUAACAAACAGAAGGGGAAGAAAAGGGUGCAGAAAAGACCAAACUAUAAAAAUGUUGGUGAAGAAGAUGAAGAGGAGAGAGGAUCUGAAGAUAACCAAGAUGACCUAGAUAAAACUAAAGGUACAGAAGCAAUUUCAAAGGGCAUCAGAACAAGCAGUGAAAAUGAAGAAAUCGAGAUGGUAAUCAUGGAGAGAUGUAAACUGUCAGAAUUGUCUAUCUCUACUGUGACAGAACAGAAUACAACAGAUGAAGAAAAGAGUGCAGCUGCCUCUGGGAGUGAGAUAACAAACUGGAACAGACCUUUUCUUGAUAUGGUCUAUAAUGCACUGGACUGUGCUGAAGAUGAUUACUAUGCCCUCUUUGUGCUCUGUCUUCUAUAUGCAAUGUCACACAACAAAGGAAUUGACCCAGUCAAGCUGGAGAGAAUUCAACUUCCAGCUCAACAUGCUGAAGAGAGAAAUUCAUAUAAUCAUGUACUUGCAGAAGGGCUCAUAAGGAUAAUGAAUUAUGCUGCGCAACCAGAUGGAAAAAUCCGUUUGGCAACUUUAGAACUUGGCUGUCUGUUGCUGAAGCAGCUUGUGUUUUCUAAAAAUGGCAGCAUCAUAAAAGAUGUUCACCUUGCUUGCCUUGAGGGUGCAAGGGAAGAAAGUGUUCAUCUCCUUCGUCGUUUCUAUAAGGGAGAAGAAAUUUUUCUGGAUAUGUUUGAAGAUGAAUACCGGAGUAUGACAAUUAAACCCAUGAAUGUAGAGUACUUGAUGAUGGAUGCCUCAAUACUGUUGCCUCCAACGGGGACACCACUGACUGGUAUUGAUUUUGUGAAAAGAUUGCCUUGUGGAGAUGUGGAAAGAACACGAAGAGCAAUCAGAGUUUUCUUUAUGCUCCGUUCGCUAUCACUGCACUUGCGAGAUGAACCAGAAACUCAGUUACCACUCACAAGGGAGGAAGAUCUGAUAAAGACAGAUGAUGUUCUUGACUUGA